UUUGGUCUUCCUCUACUGCUCACUUCAAGAGACUCUUUCUGUGAACCUUACAUGUCCUUGCAGCAACUGGAGUUGGCUAAACAGAGUCGUUCAGCUGGAUUCAUAGUCGGAGCAUCGAAUGAUCUUUUGAGGAGACAGACAGACUGGGUGGAUGUUGUCAUCGAUGUAACUACCGGUGAAAUUCUCUAUAAUACAGACGGACUCUCUGAUCUUCUUUCUCUCACCACAGCUGAUAUGCGAUUUGUGGAAUGUCUUACCCACACUGUGGGCGAUGAGAAUUCAGAUGACACUCAGUGGGAGGGAAGCAACGAUUGGAUUCGUGCACAAUUUAGUUUCUACUUACUAUCAAUGCUCAGCUGCUCGUUGUCACUUGAUGAAGACACUUGGGUAGAUUUCAAUGAAGGGUAUGUUGCAGAAGUGCGAUGCAAACGUUUUUAUCGCAUUUGGAAAGAAACUCCGAAUGCUGAAAUUGCAGAUGUUGAGCCGAGACAUCCAUUCUAUGGUCAAUACACUACGGCCGAUUUACGACGGCAAUUACUAGAGUUAACUCGUCGAUGGUCACUGAAACUGACACCUCAGCAGCGCGACAGGUCAACAAAAGCAGUUGCUGCCAUCAGCAGCAGAGUAGGGUCGUGGUGGUCGUCGGCCUCUAGAAGUGUUCAGUCAUGGAUGCAGGGGAGGAGAACGCAAGAGUCAGACGAGGAACAAGAUGAUAAUUAUUGAUGAUGCCAGAUGUCAAUGAUAUCGAUUACAAAGUCUCAAAAAUGAUUGACUAUCACAUGACUUAAUAGAGGACACACCCUAGUGGAUUAAUUCAGGUUUAUCAGUAAUACAAUUAAUGUAUUUUAGUGAAAAGAAAGAUAUUUGUCGAGCUGUUUACUAUCAUUAAGAUAUGGAAACAAAUUUGUUUAUUGACAGCAACUUGAAUUGCUGGCCAGGUUGGAAAGAUUUAUGUGAUUUCAUGUGAGUUGAGAUUUAUGUGUGUAUGUUCUUCUUCUUUGAUUAAUGGAGGGUUUUGUAGUUAUUCAAUGUUUAAGGUAUUUGUUGGAAGGAAUUAGUCCAGUUUAUGUGCUUUACUCGAGCAGUCAAGUUUGUAAUGAGUGAU